CCGUCACAUCAGGCCACUAUCCCGGCACAGUCUAACCUAGUCACCCGCGUGGAGCCUCUUCUCGACCGUCAGUUUGCAUGCGGCCCUAACAAUGGGGGACAUCGCCUUCGACCCCAGCCCUGUCCCUCCCGAUAUAAUCGAACGCGAAUCCCUCUGUCUCUCCCUCCCAAUGCCAGGUAUGGUCGUGCACAGCGGCCACGACGGUUUCAAGGAGGAACUGCUUCGACACUACAGCCCCGCCGAAAGUAACGCAGCAGAGGACUUGGUCAAGCUCAAGGACGCCCUACGGAAAGCCGACACGGAACACUUCUGGCUUCUACUUACCGAAGGCUUAGCACGCAUUGCCGACGCACAGUAUGCUUUCGUCUCGAAGAGGAUUCUCAGAGACGACAAGGACGUCGCCGUCGAGUACCCGCCCAUUGGAGAGAAGGGAGCCUGUCUUAUAGGUGCCGCUUUCUACGUCAACGACGGCCACGGCUUCACGGCCCAUAUGAGCAACUUCAAAUACCAUGCCUACUCGUGUCCCUGUGCGUACAUGAAGCAUGACAAGAUCUUCGUUAUCCCGGAAAGACUCAACGACUUCAUCGUCGACAACCCCAACCAGCUCGUCAUCCCUGGAGAGGCGUACCUUGGAAUCCCACUGUUCGCUGAAGGGAAAUGUUUCGCUCAUUUUGGCGUUAUGUGGGGCAAAGAGGGGGCUGAACGCCGCCAGCUAGGCUGGGGCUAUUUGGAGAUGUUAUUCCACGGUCUCGAGGAUUUGAUCCUGGAGCGUGUGCUGGAGGGCAAAAGCUUCGCCAAGUCCGCAGAGGUGGUACAAGAACCUCUUCCGCAAGUUAUCCCACACGAAGCCGUCUCGCUGGCGCAGUCGUUAAAGCCAUAUGCUCGAAGUCUUUCACAUGAAUUGAGGACGCCAAUGCAAGGCGUGGUGGGCAUGCUCGAUGUCAUGAUGGCGAAUGUCAAGGAAGUUGCCGAGGACCAGCGCCAUCUACAUCCUCGGAUACGAAAAUUGCUCGAUACGCUCAAGGAGAAUAUUGAGCAGGUUCAAGACAGCUCAAGACGCGCGGUCGAAGCCGCUGACAACGUCGUCCACGCCUAUGACAUGAACAUGGGCGUCCCGGAAACCCCUCUUACACCCCUGGACAAGGAAGCCUCGAGCUUGCCCGUAUUCGUCCACGAAAGGAGAACAGACAUACCGGUCACCGGCAACACCUUACCAAUCAAUCAGUUCCGAGCAACGAAACGAAAGAGAGAUGAGAUGGCUGCAUGGACAGGGCACGCGCGAGUGGCCAGGGCCGCUCGGCGGAGAAUCCGACACUCCUUCUCCGAAGAACCACCCUCUUGUGGGUCAGCAUCCGACCUUGUCAGGAGUGCUACCAGUAUCGACAUGUUUGAGAAGGCUUUCUCACAUGGAGCUUCGGUAAUCCACUGCGACAGCGACUCGUCAACGUCUCCCAUGUUCGCUUCGGAGCAUUCCACCGCCCCGGGACUGCGCCAUACAACCUUGCGCGAGGUGCUUCAGUACGUUAUCAAUGACGCAUUGAAGGUCGGAGGACGCCCAGAAUCUGCAAUCGCCGAAGAGACACAUCUGGGUGAAAAAAUCGAAGUACGGACAAGAAGUUCCAGCGGCCGCGCGAACACGAAGAUUAUUGAGUGGGUGGUAUCGCCUGAUGUUCCCACAACCAUUCUCAUCGACGAGAAAGAUCUGGCAAAAGCGAUCUCCUGCGUGAUGCUGAAUGCCAUCAAAUUCACGGAUAAUGGGUCCAUCACAUUGAAGGCGACUCUUAGCGCCAAGGCCCGAUACAUUGUUAUCAAUGUCAAAGACUCUGGAUCAGGCAUCCCCGCGGCUUUCUUGCCGAAUUUGUUCAAGCCUUUCUCAAGGGAAGACGAUUCCACGACGCGGCAAAGCGAGGGUCUUGGCCUAGGAUUGAUGGUCGCGAAAGGAUUAGCAAGAAAGCUUGGAGGCGACCUCUUCUGCCUUCGAUCGCACGUCUCCGGCCCGAACAAGGGUUCAGAAUUUGAAAUGCGUGUCCCUCUCACGCCUGGUGAAGUAUGCAGCCGCCCGGCCUCACCAUUCGGGUCUCCCAGUCCUUCCGUUCGAUCACGCCACUCGGCCGAUGUCGACGUACCACCCGCCGGUGUCCCACAACCCACCACUCCACCUCCAUUUUCGCACCUUCUGAAGUCUAACAACGACGUACCAGACAGCUCUUCUGUCGCAAACACUACGUUGAAACCCCUCGCUUCGUCACAUCAUCUCGGUUUACCCACCCCCACCCACUCCGCCUCGUCCGCUCGUCCCCGCGCUGCAUCGAAGAGCAGGUCCAUGUCGCACAACAUGGAGUUCGACAGGAAUCUAGCUGGCAUUCACCCCCUGAACUUCCUUAUCGUGGACGAUAACCGCAUCAAUCGCAACGUACUGCGGCACAUGUUGAGGAAUCUCGGCUACUCCAAUGUUCACGAAGCGUACGAUGGCAACGAUGCAGUCCUGCAAAUGCGGAAGAAUGCUCAGCAUCCUCGGCACGACACUAUCAAUAUUAUCCUCAUGGAUCUGUGGAUGCCCCUCCUAGAUGGUUUCCAGGCCACGGAAGCGAUCAUGAAGAUGGACGAGGUGCCGAACAAACCUAUCGUUCUCGCCGUCAGCGCCGAUGUCACCGACGCAGCCAUUGAGCGCGCGGCGAAAGUUGGGAUGAAGGGCUUUCUGACGAAGCCGUUCGUGAUCAGAGAUGUGGAGAAGUUGAUACUCCAGCAUUGCGCCGCGAUGAACGCCAUCCCCGAGUAGGGUUUCUCAUUCUAUGUGAUUUUUUUGGAGCGUCCACUCGGUAUCUAAUGAGCAUAUAACG